AUGGAGGUUCUAUACCUCACCAAGCAAUUUCGUAUUGACAAAUUCAGAGACUGUCCGGUUGAGCUCCUGUUCCACCUCGAACAAUGCCUCCGGUUACCGGUGAGAGAAGCCCUCAAUUUGCAAGAUGUGCCCGAUUUUUUCGAGACCAUGAAAAACCAUGCUAAGAAAGACUUUGAAUGUCCUUCUUUGUCAAACCCCACGCGUCCUAUUAAUAUUCAUGAAUAUGCCGCCCGUAAAUACCGCAAAAGCUUCUGUGACCUUGAAGUGCCGACGUGCCUCUUCGAGCCCUCAUGUUCUGAUGGUGUGGUCGACAUGAUAAAGAAGGGUGACGUUCAAGGACUUGAAAGACGGCUUCAACAGGGCCUGCAUCCCGAUGGAUAUAGUAUAGCUGGGAUCCCGCUUCUUUGCCUGGCGGUGGUACAUAUGCAAGUUGAGUGCGUUGAGCUACUGCUGAGGUACACUGCAAACCCCAGUGCAAGAGGUUACUGGUUCGCUGCAGGGCCUCUUGACUAUGUCAUGCCCGCUCCUUUGAGUUACAGCUGUCGCGACCAUAAAGCCAUCAUCCGAAUGCUGGUCAAUGCGGGAAGCUUCUUUAGCUAUACCAACGUCCUGGACAGUAUAUUUCUCUAUAAUGACAUCGAUCUCCUGAAGAGGGUCAUGGAUGAACCCCCUGGUCUCUUUGCUGAAUGGCCACAUAGUGGCUUCGAGUUCAUAUUCCAUCGCCUGGCAUGGCAUGGCAAGGGUUGUGAUGAAAUCAUAGACUUGAUUGACUCCAGGGCACCUGAGGCGGCUCGUCAGAUAUCUGCUACGGGCCAUACCCCUCUACACUAUGCAGUUGCAAACAAGAAUGAUGUUAAUAUGGUUAAGAAGUUGCUUCGCUUGCCCAUUUACCUGUCGGCGCUGGAUUACAACCAGAAUUCAGCCCUCGCUAUGGCUGUCAAGGACAACCACGUGGAAGCCGUCAAAGCUAUGCUCGGCCACCCGGAUAUUAAUUUGCUGCAGCUUCACGAAGUAUGGGAUUUCAAUAUAACCCCAUUGGGUCAAGCUAUGAGGCAGCGCAAUCAGACGCUUAUGACUAUGCUGCUUACUCAUCCACGUAUGUGUCUCACAGAAAGAGCCCGAGAUGCGGCGCUUGUUCUGGCAAAGGAGCUGGGGCUUGAUGAUUAUUUGAUGGAGCAAAUCAGUAGACUGCAGGCUUGA